AUGACCAAGAUCCAAACACAAGACCCUGAAGAUUUCGAGAUUCCGCGUGCAAGAGUCUCUCGCUCCCUACGAGCGCAAGUCGAGCUGCUGGACAUAUAUCAUUAUCUCGAAAAACGGAAGGAGAACAUCCAAUUUUUCAAGCUUUCCCCCCGCUCCUUUGGGCCUUCGAUAGGAGUCAACCUUCGAAGAACAACCUUUGAACGGAUGCUGAGCCGAGAAGAUGAGCUACGUGCUGCAGCUGAGACACUUCCCGAUGACGCUCAUUACAUCGUCAAGCGGAAGGGUCUAGUGAUCGAGCAGGUCCUGCUCUACUGGCUGCACGACCAACGCAAGAAGAAUGUUCCUGUGACGGGCAAGACGAUGAAGGAGGCAGCUCAUUUCGCAUGUAUGGUUCAUUGCGAUCUCAAGGACGAUUCGGGCAGCACAGUAUCCGAGGCGCCGUUAUCUUUUUCGGCCUAUUGGUUCGACUCACUCAGGAAACAGCAUCGUAUCUCGUAUUGUCAGCUUCAUGGAGAGGUGGGAUCGGUCGAUUUGGAGGCAAUCGAGCCCGAGCUCGUUUAA